GUUGCAGGUUUUACCCUAUUUCUUUAUUUAUUGCUAUUAACCCCACUUUUCUCUCUCUCUCUCUCAUUAUCUCUCCAUAUAUGCUUGCACCCUCUUCAAAGUUUUCCAACAAACAAACACAAAAAUGGAAGAAAUCACUAAACUAGCUAAACUCUUCUUCAUACUCUUGGCCUUCACAUUUGCUGCUCAACAAAUACAAGUCAGUGAAACAGAAGCUAGGGUGUUGUUGGAGUCCUCACAGCCUCAAAGAGAUCAAAGAAUAAAGGGUGGCAAUGAGGCAUGGAGAAUGAUGAAAUCAUGGAGACCCAUGAUUGGAUCAACAGCACCAACUUGCACUUACAAUGAAUGUAAAGGAUGCAAGUACAAGUGCAGAGCUGAGCAAGUUCCUGUGGAGGGGAAUGAUCCAAUCAAUAGCCCCUAUCACUAUAGAUGUGUUUGUCAUAGAUGAUCAAAACCUUGCUUCAUUGCUCAUUAAUGUAAUCUUCAGUUCAAGUAUAUUAAGCACAUUUUGGUUUACCUUCAUCACUCAUCAGCAAUUAAUACAAUCUUCAUUUCUUUUCUAAGU